UGUACGUCUGACGGAUGAGCACAUUUUUUUCAUUUAACUGAGUAGCCGACAGUCCGUUUGCUCGAAAGAAAAUUUAAAACAAAACUCGCAGUGUAACGUUAGAUCAGUCCGAGAAUGAUUCAGCGAGUUAUAAUGCAUUUCUGCCUGCUGCUCAACCAACGAUAGCUAGCUGUUUAGCUAGCUGGCGCGUGCCCCCACUGUCUAACCGUGAAAACGGGGAAACCGAAUCUUAAGAAAGUGGCGUUUCCCUUUACAGGUAAUGUGACUGGGGCAUGCUUUGUAAUGGGUGUUGCCAAAUAGUUCUCUGAGCGGCAAAAAGAGAUUAUCUACAAUGAAGGUUGACCGAAGCAAGUUAAAGAAAACUCCUACGGAAGCUCCUGCAGACUGUAGGAUUCUAAUAGAGAAACUCAAGGCAUGCAGUGAUGAACAACUAUUGGUUGAACUGCAGCACAUCAAGACAUGGAAUAUUGGCAAGUGUGAGCUCUACCAUUGGGUAGAUCUGCUGGAUCGCUUUGAUGGCAUUCUAUGUGAUGCAGGCCAGACAGUGGAGAAUAUGUCAUGGCUGCUAGUGUGUGACCGUCCAGACAAUGGACAGCUUAAAGCCUUGCUUUUGGCAGUGCUCAACUUCACAGCUCUGCUCAUUGAGUAUAGUUUCUCUAGGCAUCUGUACAGCUCCAUAGAGCACUUAACCACCUUGUUAGCAUCAUGUGACAUGCAAGUGGUCCUGUCUGUGCUGAACCUACUCUAUGUGUUCAGUAAGCGUUCCAACUAUAUCACAAGACUUGGAUCUGAUAAAAGGACCCCUCUUCUGGCCCGUCUGCAACACCUGGCUGAGAGUUGGGGUGGGAAGGAAAAUGGGUUUGGACUUGCUGAAUGCUGCAGGGAUCUACCGAUGAUGAAGUAUCCUCCCAGUGCCACCACACUGCACUUUGAGUUUUACGCUGAACCAGGCCCAGAGGUCAAAGUAGAAAGAAAGCAGUCGAGUAGUAACACACUACACUAUAUCCAUAUCGAGCAGCUUGAUAAGAUUUCAGAAAGUCCAUCUGAGAUCAUGGAGUCACUGACGGUGAUGUACAACAUCCCUAAGGACAAGCAGACCCUACUGUUCACACAUAUUCGACUUGCCCAUGGGUUCUCAAAUCACAAGAAGAGGUUACAAGCCGUGCAAGCCCGACUGCAUGCUAUCUCUAUACUGGUUUAUUCAAAUGCACUCCAAGAGUCAGCCAACAGUAUUCUGUACAAUGGCUUGAUAGAGGAGCUGGUGGAUGUCUUGCAGAUUACAGACAAACAGCUUGUGGACAUCAAGGCAGCAUCUUUGCGCACUUUAACUUCAAUUGUCCAUUUGGAGAGAACACCAAAGCUUUCCAACAUCAUCGACUGCACUGGCACAGCAUCCUAUCACGGCUUCUUGCCUGUAUUGGUUCGUAACUGUAUACAGGCAAUGAUUGAUCCUCUGAUGGAGCCAUACCCACACCAGUUUGCAACAGCACUGUUCUCAUUCCUUUACCACCUGGCUAGCUAUGAUGCUGGAGGGGAAGCCCUCGUGUCUUGUGGCAUGAUGGAAGCCCUUCUAAAGGUGAUCAAGUUCUUGGGUGAUGAGCAGGACCAGAUCACCUUUGUGACGCGAGCUGUGCGGGUUGUGGACCUCAUCACCAACCUCGACAUGGCUGCCUUUCAGUCCCACAGCGGCCUUUCAAUUUUCAUCUGCAGGCUAGAGCAUGAGGUUGACCUGUCACGGAAAGAGUGCCCUUUUGUCAUCAAGCCAAAGAUCCAGAGGCCUAGUGCAACUGUGGAGUCUGAGGACAUGGACACAGAUAUGGAGAUGUCAGAAGUUGCCAUGGAGAGCAGCCCUGGACCAUCAACUUCUGGUUCCAGACCAGAGUCAGACCACCGAGCACAGAGCAGCUCUGCUAAUGCACCUCGUGCAGGUAUGCAGUGUAUCCCCCAGAGGGCUGCUCUGUUGAAAUCAAUGUUAAAUUUCUUAAAGAAAGCCAUCCAGGACCCUGCCUUUUCUGAUGGCAUUCGCCAUGUAAUGGAUGGGUCCCUGCCUACCUCACUCAAGCACAUCAUCAGUAAUGCGGAAUAUUAUGGCCCUUCACUUUUCCUAUUAGCAACAGAGGUGGUGACGGUUUUUGUGUUCCAGGAGCCAUCCCUGCUCUCUUCCCUGCAGGAUAAUGGUCUCACUGAUGUCAUGCUGCAUGCCCUUCUAAUCAAAGAUGUUCCCGCUACCCGUGAGGUGCUGGGUUCUCUUCCCAAUGUGUUCAGUGCCCUCUGCCUGAAUGCCAGAGGCCUGCACUCUUUCGUUCAGUGCCAGCCCUUUGAGCGCCUCUUCAAAGUGCUUUUGUCCCCUGACUAUUUGCCUGCAAUGCGACGGCGCCGUAGCUCUGACCCUUUGGGUGACACUGCAUCAAACUUGGGCAGUGCUGUGGAUGAACUCAUGAGGCACCAGCCCACUUUGAAGACAGAUGCAACUACUGCCAUUAUUAAGUUAUUGGAAGAGAUCUGCAACUUGGGUCGAGCUCCUGAAUACAUCUGCCAGAAACCGUCUAUCCAGAAAGCAGAUGGCACUGUGGCUGUGCCACCAGCACGCUCCAGCCACGCUGCAGAAGAAGCUUCAAGUGAGGAUGAAGAAGAGGAGGAGGCCCUUCACACAUUCAGCCAGCAGCAGGGGGAACCAGAGAGCAACAGACAGUCAGUGCCACUUGAACUGGUGGUAGGCACUGAAGAACGGAUACCAAUUCCUCUAAUGGAUUAUAUUCUGAAUGUGAUGAAGUUUGUUGAAUCCAUACUAAGCAACAACACCACAGAUGAUCAUUGUCAGGAGUUUGUCAACCAGAAGGGUCUGCUGCCUUUGGUUUCUAUUCUGGGUUUGCCCAACUUACCCAUAGACUUCCCCACUUCAGCAGCCUGCCAAGCUGUGGCUGGUGUCUGCAAGUCCAUAUUGACACUCUCACAUGAGCCUAAGGUACUUCAGGAGGGUUUGUGUCAGCUGGACAGUAUUCUGACUUCUCUGGAGCCUCUCCAUCGACCAAUUGAGGUGCCUGGUGGGUCUGUGCUUCUCAGAGAGCUGGCUAAUGCGGGCCAUGUCACAGAUGCUACAUUGUCAGCCCGUGCUACACCGCUCCUACAUGCUCUUACCGCAGCCCAUGCCUACAUCCUCAUGUUUGUCCAUACUUGCCGAGUUGGACAGAGUGAAAUCAGAGCUAUCUCAGUAAACCAGUGGGGCUCCCAGCUGGGAUUGAGUGUCCUGAACAAGCUCAGUCAGCUUUACUGCUCUUUAGUAUGGGAAAGCACUGUGCUGCUGUCCCUUUGCACUCCUAACAGUCUGCCUCCAGGAUGUGAGUUUGGCCAGGCUGACAUGCAGAAACUGGUGCCCAAAGAGGAGAAGCCGUCUGGCAGCACUGCAGCAACAACAGGCUCUAGCUCCAGAAGAGCUGAAACUGAUGCAGGGUCUGUGGAAUCAUCUGCUGGUGGCUUGUUGGAAGGAAUGGGGUUAGAUGGGGACACCUUGGCUCCUAUGGAGACAGAUGAACCCUCUACAUCAGACCCUAAGACAAAGUCCAAACUUAGCCCAGCCAUGGCCACUCGCAUCAAACAAAUAAAACCUCUACUUUCUGCUUCAUCUAGGCUUGGAAGAGCUCUGGCUGAGCUCUUUGGCCUGCUAGUAAAGUUAUGUGUAGGCUCCCCAGUGCGCCAGCGCCGGUCUCACCAUGCCACAAGCACAGGAACCACCCCUACGCCUGCUGCCCGGGCCACUGCCUCUGCCCUUACCAAACUUCUCACCAAAGGUCUAAGUUGGCAGCCCCCACCCUACACACCCACACCUCGCUUUAGGCUGACCUUCUUCAUCUGCUCGGUGGGUUUUACAUCUCCCAUGCUGUUUGAUGAGAGGAAGUACCCAUACCACCUCAUGCUUCAGAAGUUCUUUUGCUCUGGUGGACAUGAUGCCUUAUUUGAGACAUUUAACUGGGCCUUGUCAAUGGGUGGGAAGGUCCCUGUGUCUGAGGGCCUGGAGCAUGUUGAUCUCCCAGAUGGUACAGGGGAGUUUCUGGAUGCCUGGUUAAUGCUUGUGGAGAAGAUGGUUAAUCCAAGCACUGUGCUGGACUCACCCCACUCCUUGCCUGCUAAAAUGCCAGGGGUCACACCCACCAUGCCGCAGUUCAGUGCCCUUCGAUUUCUUAUAGUCACUCAAAAGGCUGCAUUCAACUGCAUUCGCAGUCUCUGGAACAGAAAGCCACUGAAAGUGUAUGGAGGCAGGAUGGCUGAAUCCAUGCUGGCUAUCCUCUGCCACAUACUAAGAGGGGAGCCUGUUAUCCAGGAGCGCUUGGCUAAGGAGAGAGAGGGAACGAUUCGCCCAGAGGAAGAAGGAACCCCCACUGGUUCUUUGGGACCCAGCGGGGUCUCAGGAGGAUCUUCAGCAGGUGGAGAAGCACCAGCAGUAGGUGGAGCCACUUCUGGAGGGCCAGCAGGAGGGUCAGCUGAUGAUUCUACUAAUUCUGCAGCUCGUCGUGAGCCCCAGGUUAACCAGGCUCAGCUCACACAGGAAAGAUGCAGAGGGAGAGAGAGACACGCACAGGUCCACCAGCAGCAGCUCCAGCAGCUGAUGGAUAUGGGCUUCUCAAGGGAACAUGCCAUGGAGGCUCUACUGAACACCAGCACCAUGGAGCAGGCCACAGAGUACUUGCUCACACAUCCUCCUCCCCUUCUUGGUGGAGCAGUCAGGGAUUUGACAAUGUCUGAAGAGGAUCAGAUGAUGAGGGCAAUUGCCAUGUCACUUGGGCAAGAGGUCAGCAUGGAGCAGCGCUCCGAUUCUCCUGAGGAAGCAGCACGAAGGCGUGAGGAGGAAGACAGGAGAGCCAGGGAGCGGGCAGAAGAAGAAGAAGCACGCUGUUUGGAGCGUUUCAUGGAGGCUGAACCUCUGGACCCCCAAGAGUUGCACACUUUCACUGAUUCUAUGCUGCCUGGCUGCUUCCAUCUCUUAGAUGAGCUGCCUGACACAGUCUACAGACUAUGUGACCUGCUGAUGACUGCCAUCAAGAGGAGUGGCCCUGAGUACAGGGACCUCAUUCUUGGUCAAGUAGUUCACCAGGUAUGGGAGGCUGCAGACGUUCUGAUUAAGGCAGCUGAGCCCUUGACUACCAGUGACACAAAGACUGUGUCUGAAUGGACCCGACAGAUGGCAACACUGCCACAGGCCUCCAAACUGGCUACACGAAUUCUGCUGCUAACAUUGCUCUUUGAGGAACUGAAGUUAUUGGGUGCUCGAGUGGUGGAGAGUAGUGGGAUUCUUGAUUUGCUGAUUAAGCUACUCGAGGUUGUACAGCCUUGUCUGCAGGCAGCUAAAGAGCACAAAGACAUCCAGACACCAAAAUGGAUCACACCAGUGCUGCUGAUCAUUGAUUUCUAUGAGAAGAUGGCAGUUUCUUCUAAGCGAAGGGAACAAAUGAACAAGUAUCUGCAGCCAAAUGGAAAUAACUGGCGAUGGUUUGAUGACCGCUCAGGCCGUUGGUGUAGUUACAGUGCAUCCAACAACAGUACCAUUGACUCAGCAUGGAGAGCUGGGGAAAGCAGUGUCCGGUUCACAGCUGGGAGGAGAAGAUACACUGUACUGUUUAACACCAUGGUGCAGGUAAACGAAGAGACUGGUAAUAGAAGGCCAGUGAUGCUCACUGUCCAGAGAGUGCCUCGUGUUCCCAAGCAUUCCAAGACGGGCAGUGUUCCUGAUUCGGAAAGAGAGGAGUCAGACAGGAGCAAGGUGGAAGAAAGUCAGACUGACCUCGACUCGGUGGCAUCGGUGGAGAUAAGUGCUCCUAAAGAUGGUUCCAGCCACCUGAAGGAGACCAUCUCUGGCCCCCCAUCUUCCCUUGAGUCGGACUACUCUCAGGGAUCUGACAUUGUUGUCAAAGGCCUGACCGAAGACAUGACCACCGUUCUUAUUCGGGCCUGUGUCAGUAUGAUAAGUGUUCCUGUAGACCCUGACACCCUUCAUGCCACAUUGCGUCUCUGUUUACGUCUUACACGCAACCACCACUAUGCAAUGAUGUUUGCUGAGCUAAAGAGUACAAGGAUGAUUCUGGGGCUGACACAGAGCUCUGGCUUCAAUGGCUUCACCCCACUUGUUACUCUGCUGUUCAGACACAUCAUAGAAGAUCCGGCCACACUACGGCACACAAUGGAAAAGGUGGUGAGGUCAGCUGUGACCAGCGGAGCAGGUAGCACCACAUCAGGGGUGGUGUCAGGCAGCCUGGGUUCCAGAGAAAUCAAUUAUAUCCUCCGCGUCUUGGGCCCUGCCGCCUGUCGCAACCCUGAAUGUUUUAUUGAAACAGCUAGCAAUUGUAUCCGCAUUGCCCUGCCUGCACCCCGUGGAGCUGGCACAACAUCUGAUGAUGAGUUUGAAAACCUCCGAAUAAAGGGGCCCAAUGCUGUACAGCUAGUAAAGACCACUCCUCUUAAACUGUCACCCUUGCCGCCCAUCCCUGACACUAUCAAGGAGGUCAUCUAUGACAUGCUAAAUGCCUUGGCUGCCUACCAUGCUCCAGAAGAACCUGAGCGUACAGAUGAACGUGCUGCAGCUGUACCUGGUAGUCAAGAUCUGUGUCAGAUUUUGCAGGAUGUCGGUGAUGAUGUUUAUCAGCAGUACCGACUCACACGGCAGGGAAGUGACUUUGACUCACAGUCAGCAUUCCAUAUCAAUGCUCAAGUGUUUGCUACUGAUGGAGGUGUGGCUGAGUCUUCCCAGACUGGAACACCACAGGGAGAGGCCUCCACGCCAGAAGAGAUGCGUGAGGAGAAGAAAGAACAGGAGGGAGAGAAGGGUACCAACUCAGAUGAGAGUAAAGCAGCUAAAGCGAAGGCAAGCAAGCCUCUGAUGCCUACAUCUACCAUCCUGAGACUGCUGGCAGAACUUGUGCGCUCCUAUGUGGGCAUCGCUACACUGAUCACCUCCUACAGCUACACAGCAGGACAGUCUGAGCUUAUUAAGGAGGAUUGCAGUGUUCUAGCCUUUGUGCUCGACCACCUACUGCCUCACACACAGAAUUCAGAGGAUAAGGAUACGCCCGCUUUAGCACGUCUCUUUCUAGCCAGUCUGGCAGCUGCUGGUACAGGCACUGAUGCUCAGGUGGCCCUAGUGAAUGAGGUAAAGGCUGCCCUUAGUCGAGCUCUAGGGAUGGCAGAAGGUGCAGAAAAACAUGCCAGGCUUCAAGCGGUGAUGUGUAUUAUAAGCACGAUCAUGGAAUCAUGUCCUUCCACAUCCAGUUUCUACAGCACAGCAGCAGCCAAGACACAACAUAAUGGCAUGAACAAUAUCAUCAGGCUUUUCCUUAAGAAAGGACUGGUCAAUGACUUGGCCCGUGUGCCUCACAGCUUGGAUUUGUCCAGUCCCAACAUGGCCAACACUGUGAAUGCUGCACUGAAGCCUCUGGAGACUCUGUCACGUAUUGUAAACCAGCCAAGCAGUCUAUUUGGGAGCAAAGGAGGUUCCAGCAAGAGCAAGACGGAACAUGAUACUGUGGGCACUCCGCGGGACAGCAACAGCAACACACAAGACCAAGGAGAGCCUGGUGAGGCAGAACCAGUGGAUGGCAGCCACCGGGUCCAGGGAACAGAUAACGACUUGAUGGAUGGAGAAGCAGAAGGAGACACAGUAGUUAUUGCUGGGCAACCAGAGGUUCUGAGCACACAAGCAAUGCAGGUGGAGAAUGAGUUGGUGGACCUGAUUGAUGAGCUACUGGAAAGAGAUGCUGGCACUGUCAACAGUGCAAUUAUAGUGGGACGCAGUGGUGAGGAUGAAUCACAAGAGGAUGUGUUGAUGGAUGAAGCCCCAUCCAACAUUAGCCAAGCUUCCACUCUACAGGCCAACCGUGAAGACUCUAUGAACAUCCUGGAACCAGAAGAUGAGGAACACACUCAGGAGGAAGACUCCAGUGGUAGCAACGAUGACGAAGACAGUCAAGAUGAGGAAGAAGAAGAGGAGGAAGAGGAGGAGGAAGAUCAGGAUGAUGAAGAAGGAGAUGAGGAUGAUGAUGAUGAGGGCUCAGAAAUGGAACUGGAUGAAGAUUUCCCUGACAUCAAUGCUGCACCACAUAUUCGAUUUGAGAGGUUUGACAGGGAUGAUGACCUCAUCAUAGAGUUUGACAACAUGUUUUCCAACAAUGCUGACAUCCCUCCCUCCCCAGGCAACAUCCCUAGCUCUCACCCACUGAUGGUGCGCCAUGCUGACCAUGGUUCCCUCACUCUAGGUGUGGCGGGCACUAGCAGCCGUCUGGCACAGGGUAUGGGUCGCAGCCAGCGAACACUGCGUCAGCUCACUGCCAACAGUGGGCACACCAUCCAUGUCCACUACCCUCACAACCGCCAGCCUAACCCUCCGCUUAUCUUGCAAAGAUUGUUGGGCCCCAGUGCUGCAGCAGACAUUUUACAGCUGUCCAGUUCUCUGCCUCUGCAGUCCCGUGGUCGUGCCAGGCUUUUGGUUGGAAAUGAGGACGUGCAUAUCAUUGCUCGUUCUGAUGAUGAGCUGUUGGAUGACUUUUUCCAUGAGCAGAGCAGCACCGGAGGACAAGCAGGCACCCUCUCUAGUAUUCCCACUGCCCUUACUAGAUGGACUGAUGAGUGUAAGGUGCUGGAUGCUGAAAGUAUGCACGACUGCGUAGCAGUGGUGAAGGUGCCUAUCCUGCAGCAUCUGGAAAGUCUAAGGGAUGAGGAACUGGAAGAGCGCAGGGAGAAGAGGAGAAGGCAGCUGGCUGAAGAAGAGGAAUCAAAACAGAAUGAGAGGAGGGCUUCUGGAGCUGAACAAGCCAGAGAACAGAGUUUACAGGGUUCUGGAUUGGGAACAGUUAAUGGUGCAGAGAACACUGCAGAAGGUGAGCAGGCUCAAGGUGGAGCGAUGUCAUGUCUGGACCCACCCAGAGUCUCUGAGGGCUUCCUUACUGCUCCCCCAUCUGGAGAGGUCACCCCAACCACACCUGCUCCUCAUGAACAAGCCCUAGUCUCCCUGGAGACUGCUAUUAGUCAGCAGGUCCACCAGCCAAUUGCUGACCUGCUACUGGCUGAGUCGCAUGCCAGCUCGUUGGCUGCUCUGGCAGGACCUGGCCUUCCACCCUUAUCAGCAGCUGAGAGGCUAAACAGUGAAGCCGAAGCAUCUCAGAUGGAAAUGUCCCCGGCACCCACAAUUGGUGAGAGGGUCGGAGAAAGUGGUGGUGGAGGAGCGUUGGAUGAAGGCAGGGAAGCAUCCCUAAGUCCAGACAUUGUGGAGAACUCAGAGCCUGCAGUAGUAGGUGUAUCACAGCUGGAAGGGUCACCCAUGGAUACCAGCAGCCCUGCCUCUGCUACCCAGGAAGAAGCUGCUCCCAACCCUGCCCAGACAGCUCAGUUGUCUCAGGAGCUCUCCGGCAGUGGAGAGAGUGGGCUGACUGACAGGCAGACAGAUGCAGACACCGGUUCUACGUCUGUUUCCUCCCCUGGGGAAACGAUGCCCAGGAGUGAUAGUGCCGAUAGCCAGUCUCAAGCUAUCCAAGAAGAGCCUCUCCCAUCCACCAGCAAUGAGGAGGAAGACCCACUUGCAGGCAUCAGUCUGCCAGAAGGUGUUGAUCCUUCAUUCUUAGCAGCCCUUCCUGAGGACAUCCGUCGAGAGGUGUUGCAGAAUCAACUUGGCAUCAGACCACCCUCCCGUCCUCCUGCUGCCACCACUCUUUCCUCUUCAACUGCACCUGUUCUAGGAGGACCAGGGGUUACAGAGGUCAGCCCCGAGUUCCUGGCAGCACUGCCACCUGCCAUCCAGGAGGAGGUUCUUGCCCAGCAACGAGCAGAGCAGCAGCGAAGGGAGCUAGCCCAGCAGCCACCACAAGGAGAUACUCCCCUGGAUCCAGUCACCUUCAUCCAAACGCUGCCUUCAGAGCUCCGUCGUAGUGUCCUCGAAGACAUGGAGGACAGUGUGUUGGCUGUCAUGCCCCCAGACAUCGCUGCAGAAGCAGCAGCUUUGCGUAGAGAGCAAGAGGCACGUCAGAGACAACUGAUGCAUGAGAGGCUAUUUGGUCAUAGUUCAUCUUCAGCCCUCUCAGCCAUCUUGCGUUCACCAGCCUUCACCAGUCGGUUGGGGAGCAAUCGUGGCGUCCAGUACACCCGACUAGCUGUCCAAAGAGGAGGAACAUUUCAAAUGGGUGGAGGAACAAACCACAGACCAUCCAGUUCAAGUGUGGAUUCUUUGUUGCGUCUUCGUGGACGAUUGCUGCUGGACCAUGAGGCCUUGUCCUGUCUGCUGGUUUUGCUGUUUGUAGAUGAACCGAAGCUUAACACCAGCCGACUUCAUCGUGUGCUCAGGAACCUCUGCUACCAUUCUCAAACACGUGGGUGGGUCAUCCGCAGUCUGUUAUCAAUUCUCCAACGCAGCAGCGAGAGCGAGGUAUGUGUGGAGACCUCACGUCUAGAAGAUUCCCGUGGCAAAAGAAGUGCCCAGGGAGCCUGUGGAGGAAAAGGCUCUGCAACCUCCUCCCUCUCUUCGUCAUCUUCAUCCUCUUCCUCCAUAGAGCUUUUAAAUCGGGUGGAGUCUCGUAGUUCCAGCCAGCUUUCCUGGCUCUCUGUCUCUAUGGAUGCAGCCUUGGGCUGCCGGACAAAUAUUUUCCAGAUUCAGCGAGCAUCAGGUAGGAAGCAUGCUGAUCGGCAUUCAGCUGGUAGUUCCACUGGAUCCGGAACACUAGGGGGAGGAAUGUCAGGCCCUACUACAGGAGUCACAUGUGCUGGAGGUGGAGGCUCCACAGUUCACAUCCACCCACAAGCUGCUCCAGUAGUCUGUCGACAUGUGUUGGACACACUCAUCCAGUUAGCUAAGGUGUUCCCCAGCCACUUCACCCAGCAGCGAUGUAAGGAUUUGUCAGCUUUGUCCUCAGACCUGGAUUCUCGUCUUUGUUCAGGUCCCUCUGGGGGAGUGAGCAUAGGUGGGGGCUCCAGGUCAGGGUCUCAGUCUCAAAACAACCCUAAUGCCUCUGGCACCCAGAACUCCUUUGGGUCUUCUGGUGUGACUCCUCAGUCUCUGGGCAUCUCCACAGAUUUUUGGGACCUGCUUGUCAAGCUUGACAACAUGAAUGUCAGCCGCAAGGGCAAGGCCUCCAUGAAGACAGUGCCUCUGGGUGCUAACGCAGAGGCUGAGGGAGUACAGUUCAGCUUAGAGACUUCUCCUCUUGGUCAGCUUAUGAACAUGCUGUCUCAUCCUGUAAUCAGGCGUAGCUCCUUACUCACUGAAAAGCUCCUGCGCCUGCUCUCCCUCAUUUCUAUUGCCCUGCCUGACAACAAGGCCACUGAGGUGCCUGCUGGACAUCCUACCCCACAGGCUGCCAAUCCCAACAUGGCAAGCUCAGGAGCAACAGUCUCAGUCACAACACAGGGCACAACCUCAGUGGGCUCUAUCCAGCCCACUGUGGUAGUCCCAGGGGCCUCUGUAGGCUCGGUAGCCCAGGGUACAUCCUCAGGGACAAAUUUGGCAACCUCCCAGACAUCCUGUACAACAAUCUCUAUACCCACUUCAACUGGAACAACCUCUACAGGAAAACACAGAGGCACUAUUGGCAAUACAGAGAGCGACAAGAUGGCCUCCUCCGGACUCACGGAGAAACAACUUCAACUUUCUGUGGAGGUGUUGACAUCUCAUUCAUGUUCAGAGGAGGGUCUUGAGGAUGCUGCUAACAUUCUGCUGCAGUUAUCAAGAGGAGAUGGUGUCACCAGAGACACGGUGCUCAGACUGCUGCUCAGUGGAGCUAGACAUCUCGGAUACACUCUUUGCAAGCAGAUUGGCACAUUACUGGCUGAACUCAGAGAGUACAACUUGGAGCAGCAGAGACGGGCACAAAGUGACUCACACUCCCCGGAUGGACCUCCUGAGGAUUCGUCCAUAUCAGCCAGAUUAAAGGGCAAGAUGACCAGCAGGUUUGAUGGGUCAGAGAGCGUGGUGAUUGUGGCCGCACAGAAGCGUACACUAGGGGGACGUGAAUUGCAGCUUCCCUGCAUGAGCUCACUAACAUCAAAGACUUCUACACAGAAGUUUUUCUUGCGAGUGCUGCAGGUUAUUAUCCAGCUACGUGAAGACACGCGGCGGGCCAAUAAAAAAGCCAAACAGACAGGCCGAUUGGGCUCCACCAGUUUGGGUUCAGCCAGCAGUAUCCAGGCUGCAGUGCGUCAACUUGAAGCUGAGGCUGACGCCAUCAUCCAGAUGGUGAGAGAGGGGCAACGUGCACGUCGUCUCCAACAGGCCCCCCCACCCAGUGCCCCCUCUGCCUCUGCUGCCAUUGCUGCCGGAUCCUCAGUGGCUGCCCCUCAUGCUCCCACUGGUGCUGCUCCCCCUGCUGGCACAGCUGCUGCUGCCACGUCUGAAGUGCAGUCAGUGCCAGAAGCUCAAGCAGCACAAAGGGAUGAUUCUCCAAUGGAUGUGGACCAGCCAUCUCCUCUAGAGCAGGACCCUGCACCUCUAGAUGAAGAGGGAAAUGGUCAGUCAGAGAGUGAGGAGAAACUUCCAGACCUGCCUUUGCUCAGUGAGCAGCUGUUAUUGGAUGAAUUAUGGGACAUGCUUGGGGAGUGCCUAAAAGAGCUGGAGGAGUCCCAUGACCAGCAUGCCGUACUAGUUCUCCAGCCUGCUGUGGAGGCCUUCUUUCUGGUUCAUGCCACUGAACGUGAGAGCAAACCUCCUGUUAGGGACACGCGGGAGAGCCAGCUUUCACACAUCAAAGAUGAGCCUCCUCCACUGUCCCCAGCACCCCUUACACCUGCCACACCUUCAUCCCUAGACCCAUUCUUUUCCAGGGAACCAUCCUCCAUGCAUAUCUCUUCAAACCUGCCACCUGAUACCCAGAAAUUCCUCCGGUUUGCUGAAACUCACCGCACAGUGCUUAAUCAGAUUUUGCGGCAGUCUACCACUCACCUGGCUGAUGGGCCUUUUGCAGUCCUGGUUGACUACAUUCGCAUCCUGGACUUUGACGUUAAGAGAAAGUAUUUCCGCCAGGAAUUAGAACGACUGGAUGAGGGUCUGAGGAAAGAGGACAUGGCUGUGCACGUGAGACGAGACCAUGUGUUUGAGGACUCAUACAGAGAGCUUCAUCGCAAGAGCCCAGAGGACAUGAAGAAUAGGCUGUACAUUGUGUUUGAAGGGGAGGAGGGCCAGGAUGCUGGUGGCCUGCUGAGGGAAUGGUACAUGAUCAUUUCCCGGGAAAUGUUCAACCCAAUGUACGCUUUGUUCCGUACUUCACCAGGGGACCGUGUCACCUACACCAUAAAUCCUUCAUCCCACUGCAAUCCCAACCACCUCAGCUACUUCAAGUUUGUGGGUCGCGUUGUGGCCAAGGCAGUUUAUGAUAACCGGCUACUGGAGUGCUACUUCACCCGCAGCUUCUACAAGCACAUCCUGGGCAAGAGUGUCAGGUACACAGACAUGGAAAGUGAGGACUACCCAUUCUUCCAAGGUUUGGUGUACUUGUUAGAGAAUGAUGUGUCUACACUGGGCUAUGAGCUGACAUUCAGCACAGAGGUCCAGGAGUUUGGGGUGUGUGAAGUGAGAGACCUCAAGCCAAAUGGCGCCAAUAUUCUUGUCACAGAAGAAAACAAAAAAGAGUAUGUGCACUUGGUGUGCCAGAUGAAGAUGACGGGUGCAAUCCGCAAACAGCUGGCAGCCUUCCUUGAAGGAUUCUAUGAGAUCAUCCCGAAACGGCUGAUUUCCAUCUUCACAGAGCAGGAACUGGAGCUGCUCAUUUCUGGCCUGCCUACCAUUGACAUUGAUGACCUGAAGGCCAACACUGAAUAUCAUAAAUACCAGUCCAGCUCAAUCCAGAUCCAGUGGUUUUGGAGGGCCUUGCGGUCCUUUGACCAGGCAGAUCGGGCCAAGUUUCUGCAGUUCGUCACUGGCACAUCGAAGGUUCCUCUCCAGGGAUUUGCUGCUCUGGAGGGCAUGAAUGGCAUCCAGAAGUUCCAAAUUCACCGUGAUGAUCGGUCAACCGACCGCCUACCAUCUGCUCAUACCUGCUUUAACCAGCUGGACCUUCCAGCCUAUGAGAGCUACGAGAAGUUGAGACAUAUGCUGCUGUUGGCCAUUCAGGAAUGCUCAGAGGGAUUCGGACUGGCUUAAUCCACAAGACUUUUAACACACACAGACAUGCAUACACUUAAUUUAGGUUUGCCUACUCAUGACACAUUCACACUGAUAACCUCUGAACGCACGCACACACUAUCAUAGAUAUUUCUGGAUUAAUUGUUGAAUGGCCUAGUCUUGCUGGUUUCUAUUCCAUAUAAAACAUAUGAAACCAGCAAGUGAAAUAGACUGAUUGACAUUGCAUACAACACGGAGAGCCUCAUUUUGACACGGAUGUGUCUCCCUUCCCAAUUUAUGGUAAAUGCAAUGGAGGAUUCAGAGGAUAAAACAUGGACUAAUAUAAGACGUUUUCUUCAUUUAGUUUGAUUUCUCUGUACAAAAGGUUUGGGAGUUUAUUAUGUUCAAUCUUUUUUGUUUUCUGGCUGUGUAUAAAGAAAAAAAAAGAAUGUUGUUUGAACAGGAUGGUUAUAAAACCUUUGGGGAAAAAAUGUUGGUGGUUGCCUGUUGCAAAUUUGUGACUUCACAAGCCUGGACAAUGGGAAACAUUUUUAUGAACGACUUAAAGUUUUGGUGAUAUCCACAAAAAUGCACUUUUCAAAGUUUUGUGGCAUUUUUAAGGAAGGAUGGUACAAAAAAUAAAGAGAAAACUUGAAGGUGAUGAAGACAAAAAAAACCCAACAAAUUCUAGAGUAUUUUUGACUAUUAAAUUGCUGACCCAGCCUUGAGCCUUUGAAUCAGAGUGGAAUAACUACAUGAAUAAAUGCAUAAAAUUC